AAUUAAAAGAGAAAGAGAAAAAAACUAAACAAAAUGUGGUCGCGUAGAUGAUGAUUAUGAUGACGGUGUGUGAAUUAUGGAUGCGACGCAUAGCAGAAGCACCAAAUUCAUGUCGAAUCACCGCAAGAAAUGAUGUUGUUAGUAAAUCUAUAGUUGAAUCGUUUCAAGAGAUGAUCGGUGCGCUGUUUUAAACAAAAUAUUAUAGUAAUCCAUUUAAAAAAUUGUGUAUGAAACCUGUGAUUCGAAGUAGUUGUUGUAGUUAUGAAUGUGUUUUGGUGUGUUGUGACUUGCCUUUGAUGAUGAUGUUGGCGAGAUGAGCGCCUGAAGAUUGUUUUUCUAUCUUCGGAGAGGCGCUUCUUGUGGAAGAGGAGGAAGAGGAGAAAACGGGGUUUGCUUAUGCAUUUUUGUUUAUUAUUCCUACACAGGUUGAUGAUGAUGCCCCCCCAUAAGGGCGCAGGAGCCCCUCUGCUGGCCGCACUUUUUAUUUUGAUUGCGACCGGCCAAGUUUUCGCAAGUGACGGCAACUACACAGAUAUGAAUAUUAUGAAUAUUAACAUCCAAUAUUUGACACAUCCGCCGGAAAUCAUGAUGAAGCCGCGGAACCAGCAAGUCAAGGCCGGAGGCAUAGCGUUCUUUUAUUGCGCCGCCAGGGGCGAUCCAGCUCCUGUCAUCCAAUGGAGGAAGAACGGCAAGAGGGUUUCAGGGACACAAUCUCGUUAUCAGGUGAAAGAUUUCACCGAUGGUGGAGCUCUUCUAAGGAUUGAACCAGUCAAGGCUAGCAGGGACGACGCCACCUACGAGUGCGUCGCAGAGAAUGGAGUUGGGGAUGCUGUCAAUGCGGAGGCGACGCUCGUGGUUUUCGAAGCCGAUAAACUUCCGCCUGGAUUCCCGAAGAUAAGACAGCCUCCGUCGGCCAAUAAAGUGGUGGAAGUGGGUCACAGCACGGUGCUGUCGUGUGAUGCCACCGGAGAUCCGGCUCCUAGGAUCACCUGGGUCCGAAACAUGCUUCCCAUAGACACUAGCAAUAAUCCACGGUACUCCAUAAGGGAUGAAAUGCCAGGUGCUUUGCAAAUAACGAAUAGUGAAGAAAAUGACCAAGGAAAGUACGAGUGCGUAGCAGAAAACUCGAUUGGAACGGAAUAUUCCAAAUCAGCUCAAUUAUAUGUUAAAGUUCGUAGAGUUCCUCCUAAUUUUUCGAAGCCCCCGCAGCCGGUGAACGAGGUGAUGCUGGGAGCCGACCUGAAUUUGACCUGCGUCGCAGUCGGAUCUCCGAUGCCUUUUGUUAAAUGGAGGAAGGGUGCGUCGCAGGACCUUACGCCCGACGACAACCUUCCCGUCGGCAUCAACACCCUGCAGCUGAAGGACAUCCAAGAAUCGGCCAAUUACACAUGCGUAGCCGUCAGUACUUUGGGCUUAAUCGAAGCCACCGCUCAAGUUAAAGUACAAUCAUUACCGGGACCACCGACGAAUUUGAAAGUGACUGAGAUCACGGCGACCUCGGUGCGUCUGAGCUGGUCCUACAACGGCCAGGAGGACCUCCAAUACUACGUGAUCCAAUUCAAGCCCAAAUAUGCCAACCAGGCGUACAGCGAGAUUUCUGGCAUCAUCACCAUGUACUAUUCCGUGAGGAACCUCAGCCCCUACACUGAAUACGAGAUGUACGUAAUCGCGCACAACGUUAUCGGUAGAGGACCUCCAAGCGCUCCAGCCAUCGUCACCACAGGCGAAACAGCUGAUUCUUCUUUUGGAGGUGCCAAACCUGGAACUGCGCCGAGGAAUGUUCAGCCAAAGCCAUUAAGCUCGACCACAAUGGUGGUGCAAUGGGACGAACCGGAAACGCCGAACGGACAAGUCACUGGCUACAAAGUUUACUACACGGAAAACUCGUAUUUGCAAAUGGCCCAGUGGAAGUCGCAGACCGUCGAUAAUAAUAGACUGACGACAAUCGGCGAACUGACGCCCCACACAAUUUACACAAUUAGAGUACAGGCGUUCACCUCCGUAGGGCCCGGACCGCUAAGUGCCCCCGUUCACGUCAAAACACAACAAGGUGUACCGAGUCAACCGACAAAUUUACGGGCGACGGACAUCGGCGAAACCGCGGUGACACUACAAUGGAGCAAACCGGCGCAUUCUGGUGAAAGUAUAGUGAGUUACGAAGUAUUUUGGAACGAUACCUAUUCAAAGGAGAGACUGCAUCGUCGAAUUUCCGUAUCCGAAUCGUACGUUCUGACCGGUCUCUAUCCGAACACCCUGUAUUACGUGUGGCUAGCGGCGCGUUCCCAGCGAGGAGAAGGAGCAACCACACCCCCGAUCCACGUCCGCACGAAGCAGUAUGUACCAGGCGCGCCGCCCAACAACGUUACCGGCGAAGCGGUAAGUCCGACGUCAAUCCAAGUCAACUGGGAGCCACCCCCGGCGGAACGCAGCAACGGGAAUAUUAUUUACUACAAGCUACAGUUCGUGGAGGCUGGAAGAUCGGAUAGCGAGGCCUCCAUCGUCCGUUUAAACGCCACUAGCUUUAUCCUAGACGAACUCAAACGCUGGGCAGAAUACAGGAUCUGGGUCCUAGCAGGGACAUCCGUCGGCGAUGGACCACCCUCCUAUCCCAUCACUGUGCGCACUCACGAAGAUGUUUUUCAAAUGCCGGGAGAUCCUCAGGAUGUUAAAGUUACCCCAAUCAAUUCCACGACCAUUAAGGUGAACUGGAUGCCGCCUCUUGCCAAAGACCGAAACGGGAUUAUUCGAGGUUACCACAUUCACGUGCAAGAAACCAAAGAUGAAGGCAAGAGUUUGUUGAAUGAUCCAUUGCGAUUUGAUGUACUCGGAGACUCUCUCGAGUUGAACGUUAGUGGUUUACAGCCCGACACAAAAUACUCGGUGCAAGUUGCUGCUCUAACAAGGAAAGGUGACGGCGAUAGGAGUCCUCCAGUUAGCGUUAAGACCCCGGGAGGUGUUCCAAAUAGACCGUCUUUAACAUUCAAGGUCAUCGAAAGGGAGCCAACUGUAUCUGUUGAGCUCGAGUGGUCGAGGCCGUCGCAAACUUACGGAGAACUCCAGGGCUACAGGCUUCGAUACGGCGUCAAAGAUCAAUUACUUAAAGAAGUACCACUUAAGGGCUCGCACACGCAGAUUUACAGGAUCAAAGACUUAGAACGCGGCGUCGAGUAUGAAUUCCGAGUGGCGGGUUUGAAUCAUAUAGGAAUAGGACAAGAGGCGAUUAAGUUUAUGAACACACCAGAGGGACCGCCGACCGGUCCCCCAACCAAUAUUAGUUUUCAUUUUCAAACUCCAGACGUGGUUUGUAUAACUUGGGAUCCGCCGACACGUGAACAUAGGAACGGUCAGAUUGUAAAAUACGAUAUCCAAUUCCACAAGAAGUCGGACCACACGAACAUCAUCGAAAGGAAUGUCAGCACCACGAAAGCGGUGUUCACGAAUUUGGAGGAGAAUACAGAGUACGUGUUCCAUAUCAAAGCGUAUACCAGUCAAGGUGCCGGACCCUACAGCGAGAAGAUUUCUAUGGAAACCGAAAGGGAUAUUGGUAGGGCUCCGAUGUCUGUGAGGGCUGUAGCUACAUCGGACACGAGCGUCGAGGUGUGGUGGGAGCCGGUGCCGUCACGCGGCAAAGUCAUUGGAUACCAAAUAUUCUAUACGAUGACGGCCGUCGAGGAUCUGGAUGAGUGGCAGCAGAAGAGCGUCGGUUUAACGGAGUCUGCCGAUUUAUUCAACUUGGAGAAAUUCGCGGAUUACGCGAUCGCCGUUGCUGCACGGAUGAAGAACGGCUUAGGAAGAUUAUCCGAGAAGGUAACGGUUAAAGUUAAGCCGGAAGACGUGCCGCUGAAUCUGAAAGCUCACGAUGUGACGACGCAUUCGAUGACAUUGUCCUGGGCUCCUCCAAUUAGACUAAAUCCAAUUAACUAUAAAAUUUCCUUCGACGCCAUUAAAGAGUUUGUGGAUUCUCAGGGGAUCACGCAAACGCAGAACAUACAGCGCGUGGAAGUCACUUUGAAGAACAAUAUCCGUUCGCACACAAUCAACGAAUUAUCUCCGUUCACUACAUAUAACGUAAACGUUAGUGCCAUUCCGACUGAUUACACCUACCGUCCGCCAACUAAAAUUACUGUUACAACACAAAUGGCUGCGCCUCAGCCGAUGGUACAGCCCGACUUCUACGGCGUCGUUAACGGCGAAGAGAUCCAAGUAAUACUACCCCAAGCCUCCGAGGAGUACGGUCCGAUAAGUCAUUAUUACUUGAUCGUCGUUCCCGAGGAUAAAGCGACAAUCCAGAAUAAUCCCGAUCAAUUCUUGACUGAAGAAAUGAUCGCCAACAAAGGUCACAAAGGGGAGAAUCCGAACGCUCCGUACAUCGCCGCUAAAUUCCCGCAAAGAAACAUUCCAUAUACAUUCCACCUCGGUACGGGCGAGGACUACGAUGGGUUCAGAAAUAGGAAACUGGAGCGCGGCAAGAAGUAUAAAAUAUUCGUUAGGGCCGUGGUGGAUACACCUCAGAAGAGUCUGUAUACGAGCAGUCCGUUCUCUGAAUUUUUAGCGUUAGAUAUGCGCGAGGUGCCGCCUGGUGAUCCUCCACUAAGGCCUAACCCGAACGUGCCUACAGACAACGACGUGAAAGUCAGUUCGCAGCAUAAGGAGGCUGGAGUCAUUUGGGUAGUUGUUCCCAUCAUCGCAGCGCUCGUUCUCUCCUGCAUCCUCGUCGUCAUAUUCAUACUGAAGAAGCGGAGACAGCCCUGCAAAACACCUGACCAAGCGGCCGUGACUAGGCCUUUAAUUGCCGCAGAUCUGAACAACAGCAUGGCUCCAAGUGAUCCAGUCGAAAUGCGUCGUUUGAACUUCCAGACGCCCGGCAUGAUGUCGCAUCCGCCCAUACCCAUCUCCGAAUUAGCAAACCACAUCGACCGAUUGAAAGCCAACGAUAACAUGAAGUUUUCACAGGAAUACGAGAGCAUCGAGCCCGGCCAGCAAUUCACAUGGGAUCAUUCCAAUAUGGAGGUGAACAAACCUAAGAAUCGUUACGCAAAUGUUAUAGCAUACGAUCAUAGCCGGGUGAUUCUGCAACCAGAAGAUGCGAUGCUUGGUAGUGAUUACAUCAAUGCAAACUACUGCGACGGCUAUCGAAAGCACAACGCGUACGUCGCGACGCAGGGUCCUCUGCAGGAGACCUUCUCUGAUUUCUGGAGGAUGUGCUGGGAACUGAGAACCGCAACCAUCGUGAUGAUGACCAAACUCGAGGAACGCACUAGGAUCAAAUGCGAUCAGUAUUGGCCAAGUCGCGGCACCGAGACCUACGGUUGCAUGACCGUAUCCAUCACCGAUGUGCAAGAAUUAGCAACCUACUGUAUACGGACUUUCCAAAUACACCGUCAAGGGCACAGCGAACGUCGUGAAAUCAAGCAGCUGCAGUUUACCGCUUGGCCGGACCACGGAGUACCAGAUCAUCCAGCUCCAUUCUUGCAGUUCUUAAGACGCGUCAGGAACAUGAAUCCUGCAGACGCUGGACCGCUUGUUGUACAUUGCUCUGCAGGAGUUGGACGUACCGGAUGUUUCAUCGUUAUUGAUUCAAUGUUGGAGCGAAUGCGUAACGAGAAGUCGAUUGAUAUUUAUGGACACGUCACCUGUUUACGAGCCCAACGCAAUUACAUGGUCCAGACGGAGGAUCAGUACGUGUUCAUACACGAUUCCUUGCUGGAGGCUGUUAUCUGCGGUAUGACCGAAGUUCCUGCACGCAACCUGCACUCGCACAUCCAGAAAUUGAUGCAGCCGGAGAUCGGCGAAAACACAACCGGUAUGGAGUUGGAAUUCAAGAAACUGAGCAACAUUAAGACUGAUUCAUCGAGAUUUGUGACUGCUAAUCUGCCGGCUAACAAGCAUAAGAACCGUCUGGUUCACAUCCUGCCCUUCGAAAGCACUCGCGUAUGUCUCACGCCAAUACGGAACGUCGAUGGUUCGGAUUAUAUUAAUGCGAGCUUUGUGGAUGGUUAUCGUUACCGGAAGGCAUACAUCGCGACACAAAGCCCGCUCCCAGACACCGCCGACGAUCUGUGGAGGAUGCUAUGGGAGCACAACUCGACUAUUAUAGUGAUGUUAACUAAGCUUAAGGAGAUGGGACGCGAGAAGUGCCACCAAUAUUGGCCAAGCGAUCGAUCCGUUCGCUAUCAAUGCUUCGUCGUGGAUCCAAUCGCCGAAUACAAUAUGCCGCAAUACAUCUUACGAGAGUUUAAGGUGACUGAUGCUCGAGACGGUUCAUCAAGAACGGUACGCCAGUUCCAAUUCACCGACUGGCCGGAACAGGGUGUCCCCAAAUCCGGAGACGGAUUCAUCGAUUUCAUCGGGCAAGUCCACAAAACUAAGGAGCAAUUCGGACAAGAUGGACCCAUCACCGUACAUUGCAGCGCCGGCGUCGGCAGAACCGGGGUGUUCAUAACAUUGAGCAUAGUCCUUGAAAGGAUGCAGUACGAAGGAGUGGUCGACGUAUUCCAAACAGCGAGGAUAUUAAGAACACAACGACCAGCCAUGGUGCAAACUGAAGACCAAUACCAAUUCUGCUAUCGUACAGCUUUGGAAUAUUUGGGCUCUUUCGAUCACUACACCAACUGAUCACCUCAUUAACACCUAGCUGCUGAAAACGAGCAGACAAUAACUGCCAGGAAUAAUAAAAAAAAGAAGAUUAUGAUGAAAAAAUAAAGGAUAAAUAAUUAAAGUAAAAGUUAAAAUUAAAUUUAAAGUGUUUGCCGAUUUCUUUUCGCAUCUCAUUACUGCCAUUCAGUCGGACAAUUUCGCCCAGUGCUAUGUUACUAAAUUUAAAGAAGAAAAAAAAGUAAUAGUGAAUAAAAUAAAAUGAAAUUUUAAAGAAGAAAAUUAAUUUUAAUGAAGAAUAAAAUAAUAAUACUUGAAGAUGGGGAGUGACCUUUUGUGUGAACUCUGUGCCUACGUUUGAAGAAAUGUAUAAGUAAUUGAUGAUGAUGAAAAAUAAAAAAUAAGAUGUAUAUGUUUGAUGAUGAAAAUGAUGAUGUUUAAGAAGAGAACACUAUCCAAUAAUAAAAGAAAUAUAUUAAGAAAAAUAUAUAAUAUAAAUAUAUUAAAAAUGUGCACAACUUCUGUGAAAGUUUUAGAACAAUUAAAAUAUUCCUUAGCAUAUCUUAUUUUUGUAU